AUGAGGGGUCUGUCCCUCGGCACCACCUGUGUCCUUAAUGUGCUCCAGGCCCUCACCAUCAGCCCCAGUGGCUCCUCGCUGGCCAAUUUCAAAGUCAAAUCUGCAAACCCCAUCCCAGGGCCAUAUCUGUUCCUGUGGGUCCUCACCGUGGCCAUUACCAGCAACCAGCUGCUCUUCACAGUGGCCACCACCAAUGCCACUCAGCCUGGUCUCUUUAUCAACAGCCACUGCUCCUUCCUGCCAAGGUACAGUGGCAUUUUUCUGCUCCUGGUAACACUCAGAGACAUCUUCUUUGUGGGCCUCAUGGCCGUGUCCAGUGGGUACAUGGCCACCACCCUCCUGCAGAGACAUCAGCAGUGCUGCCUGUCCCUCCAUGGCUCCAGGCUGUCCGCCCAGACCUCCCCCAAGCACAGGGCCACUCACAGCAUCCUGCAGCUGCUUGGCUGCUUCACUGCCCUGUACUGUGCAGACUCUGCAUUCUCCCUGCUCAUCAGUGGGAUGAGGAGAAACGACCCCAUGCUUGGGAGCAUCCACAAUGCAGUGGCCAGCGGCUAUGGCACGCUCAGUCCCCUGGUGCUGCUCAGGGUGGACAAGCAGAUCCUGAACAUCUUGCGAGCCCAAUGGAGGAAUAAAGCUAAGAUGCUGACAAGACGCAUCUAA